UGUAGGUUAAAGGUUGAGGAUGUACUUCGGAUAGAUAUGUAUAGUUGACACGAAUGUUCGGUAAUGUCAAGGAAGGAAGUGUUACUCUUUAAAUAGUAUAAAAUGAAAUAACCAAUGCCAUAAUAAAACUAUAAAAAUCUAUAUAAAGAAAAUUAAAGGAUGUGGUUUCAAAUACUGCAUUCAAAUCUUUUUAAAAAUACACUGUUAACUGUCUACAGAAAAAACAUUUCUUCCAAUUACAGUUUACUAUUACAGAACUUUUCGAAGAAGCAUAAUAUCGGUCGAAAUACAUAUUUUCCCAUCUUCCUGAAUGCAAAUACUAAACGGUGUUUUCCUCGAUUAGUAUCUAAUGUGGCGAAAAAACCUGUUCGAAAAGAAUUAAGAAGAAUUCUGAAAAUUGCCGAGAGUCAAAAAUGGAAAUUAACUGGUGCAGUUAUACUCUUGUUUAUUUCAAGUACUGUAACAAUGGCUGUACCAUUUUGUGUUGGAAAAUUGAUUGACAUGAUGACAUCAUCUGGGGAUGAUUUAAAAAUAAAUCUAUUAUUUUUUUGUAAAAUUUUAGUGGCAAUUUUUAUUAUUGGUGCAAUUGCAAAUUUUGGACGAGUCUAUUUGAUAAAUAUUUCAUCUCAUCAAGUGACAAAUACAUUAAGGAGAAAAGUAUACGGAUCCAUUUUGUGUCAAGAAGCGGCUUUCUUUGAUCAAACAAAAACGGGUGAACUUAUUAAUAGAAUUUCUGCUGAUACCACUACAGUCGGAAUGUCAAUAACAAACAAUAUUUCUGAUGGAUUGAGAUAUUCAUUUAUUUUUACUGCUGCAUCAUGUUUAAUGGUUUAUACUUCACCAUUAUUAGCAUCUGUAGGUUUAAUAACAGUAGCUCCUGUAGCGAUAGCAGCUGCUAUUGCUGGUAAAAUUUUAAAACGUAACUCAAAAUCUGUUCAAGAUGCUCUUGCUGAUGCUACUGAGGUGUGUGAAGAGAGGAUUUCAAACAUUAGAACUGUUCAAGCAUUUGCAAAACUACAUGAAGAAAAUGAAAUUUAUAGUCAUAAAAUUAAUAAUGUUUUACAUUUUGCAUAUAAAGAGUCUUUAGGAAGAGCUAUAUUUUUUGGAAUGACUGGUUUCAGUGGAAACUUGAUUAUUCUGUCUGUUUUAUAUUAUGGUGGUUCCAUGAUGAGUACAAAUCAAAUUACAAUUGGAGGUUUAUCAUCUUUUCUUUUAUAUGCUGCAUAUGUUGGCAUUUCCAUUGGAGGAAUGAGUACAUUUUACUCUGAAUUAAUGCGUGGUUUAGGAGCUUCUACCAGAUUGUGGGAACUGAUUGAUAGAAAACCUUUGAUUUCCUUUGAAGGUGGUAUUACAUUACCCCAAUUUAGUGGAAGUGUGAAUUUUGAGAAUGUUUGUUUUGCAUAUCCGAGUCGUCCUGAGAGCAUGGUGCUAUCAGAUUUCAAUCUCUCAAUACCUGCUGGGUCUGUUUAUGCUUUAGUCGGUGCUAGUGGCUGUGGAAAGUCUACUGUAGGCUCUUUAGUUCUUAGGCUGUACGAUUGUCAGAAAGGUGUAAUAAGUAUAGAUGGACACCAUAUUAAAUUAUUGAAUUUGAAGUGGCUUCGAAAGAAUAUCGGAGUUGUUAGUCAGGACCCUGUUUUAUUCUCUUUUUCGGUCCGAGAAAAUUUAUUGUAUGGAACUGAAGCACAAGACAAAGUACCUGACAAAAUCUUAGAAGAUGCUCUACUGAAAGCUAAUGCUCUGGAAUUUGUGAAAAAGUUUCCUAAGGGCUUAGAUACAUUAGUUGGUGAAAGAGGAAUCAUGCUUUCAGGUGGGCAAAGACAAAGAAUAGCAAUCGCUAGAGCUCUUCUAAAAAAUCCAAAAAUCCUUAUCUUAGAUGAAGCAACAAGUGCACUGGAUGCUGAAAGUGAAAAUUUAGUACACCAAGCACUUGAGAAAUUGAUGACUGGUCGAACAGUCAUUACUAUAGCACACAGAUUAUCAACAGUGAAAAAUGCUGAUGUCAUAAUUGUGUUAGAAAAUGGAAAAGUUGUUGAGAAAGGAAAAUAUGAUGAUCUGCUUGCAAAAGGAGGACAUUUUCAUCGACUUGUGCAAUUACAGAGCUUAAGAACAUCAUGAAAAGCAAUAUUAGUUACUUUUAUAAAAUAUUUAAUUUACUUGUAGUUCUGAUGUUCAAUUUUCACUUUUUGUUCCAAUCAUUUGUAUGCUGAUUACCAAUCAAAUUUUAAUUUCUAAUAUAUUUUUAAUUCUUUGAAUUGAAGAAUAUGAAAUGCUUUAAUCUUUAUGUAAUCGUCUGAUUACAUAUUUGGCUUUAAAUUUCAAUUUAAUUAUUGAAAUUUCUUGAAAAUCAGUUUUUUUAAAUUCAAAUAUUAAUUUUAAAUAGGGAUUGAUUUUUUUUUUGAUAUUUGGAAUAAAUUUAUAAACCCCCUCAAAAAUUAUUCUAGUUUAAAAAAAUUAAUUGUGCAUCUUAUUUUUAAAUGUGUUUUUAUUUAUGAGAAACAACCAUGACCAAAUAUUAAUUUUAUAUUACUGUGAGAAAUUUUUGUUUUUCGCU